UAGCUUUUUGAAACGUCAACAACAACCACCAUCACCACCACUACCACCAUAACAACAACAAAAAUGCCGCCGCAUCGCUGGACAGACGAAACGCGCGACGCCUCCUGCUACUAUGACAAUGUGGUAACAGCAGCAGCUGGCGGCGCCUCCGAUGCGGACGACGAUGACACCGAAGCGGACGACGAACGUCAGGCGUUCUGCGACGCCGAUGGCGAUCGCCCGCUCAUACGAGCUGGCCAGACGGACAACAACAACGAGAACAACCUGCUGCAGUCGCGUCACAUCUUUGGGCUGAUGGGCUUUCUGGGCUUCGCCGUUGUCUAUGCCAUGCGCGUGAAUCUCUCGGUGGCCAUUGUGGCCAUGGUGAACCAGACGGCCAUUCCGCACAGCAACAGCUCCGUCCUGGACAACGAUACGUGUCCGUUGCCGCCAGCUCCCAGGCCGAACGGCUCCUUUUGGCAAUCCGUGUCCACGCCCGCUGAGGGCGAAUUCGUGUGGGAUGAGGCGACGCAGGGCCUGGUGCUGGGCAGCUUCUUCUACGGCUAUGUGCUGACCCAGGUGCCCGGCGGUCGCAUGGCCGAGCUGGUGGGUGGCAAGCGCAUCUACGGCUAUGGCGUGCUCAUCACAGCGAUAUUCACGCUGCUAACGCCACUGGCUGCCCACUGGGACUUGCCGCUGCUGGUGCUGGUGCGCAUACUGGAGGGCAUGGGCGAGGGCGUCACCUAUCCCGCAAUGCACGCGAUGCUCGCCCACUGGAUACCGCCGCUGGAGCGCAACAAGUUCGCAGCCGUCGUCUAUGCCGGCUCCAACAUUGGCACCGUCAUCUCAAUGCCUCUGACGGGCUGGCUCUGCUCGCAGCAGUUUCUGGGCGGGUGGCCAUCGGCAUUCUAUAUCUUUGGGCUGCUGGGUCUGGUGUGGUUCGUCUGCUGGAUGUAUCUGGUGUAUGACAAGCCCAGCGAGCAUCCGCGCAUCUCGCGCAAGGAGCGCGCCUACAUCGAACGCUCGCUGCAGCACGAACAGCAGCAGCAGCAACAGCAACAGCUGCAACAGCAACAGCUGCACCACCACCACCAACAGCUGCUGGAUGAGGAUGUGCUGGAUGACGAACACGAGGAGACAGCAGCCGUUGCGAGCGAGGUGGAUGCCAUACCCUGGCGUUCACUCCUGGGCAGCGUGCCAUUGUGGGCCAUUCUCCUGACGCAAUGUGGCCAGAGCUGGGCCUUCUACACGCAGCUGACGGAGCUGCCCACCUACAUGAGCAACAUCCUCCACUUUGACAUCCAAUCGAAUGCCCUGCUCAAUGCUGUGCCGUAUCUCACCUCCUGGUUCGUGGGCAUCGCCUGCUCCGCUCUGGCAGAUUGGAUGCUCGCGCGUCGCUACAUUUCCCUGUUGAACUCCUACAAGCUGUGGAACAGCAUUGCCUCGGUGGUGCCGUCGCUGGGCCUGAUUGGCAUCAUCUACGUGGGCUGCGACUGGGUCUGGGUCACCUUCAUGCUGGCCGGCGUUGGCUCGUUCGGCGGCGCCGUCUACGCUGGCAACCAGAUGAAUCACAUCGCCCUCAGUCCACGCUAUGCCGGCACCAUGUACGGCAUCACCAACUCGGCGGCGAACAUUUGCGGCUUCCUCGCGCCCUACGUGAUCGGCCUGAUAAUCAAUCAUCGCGAGACUCUCACCCAAUGGCACAUAGUCUUCUGGCUGGCAGCUGGACUCAAUAUUGCCGGCAACUUCAUCUAUCUGAUCUUCGCCAGCGCCGAUGAGCAAGCCUGGUCACAGGGCCAGGCGCGAACAGCGCGCAGUCGACCCCUGCGCAUCUAGCGACGACGCCCAGCACCAAACAGCUGCACAAAGUCGAAUCCUUUUAAAUUAGUUAGGGCAUAAGCAUGUGUGAUAAUUCCGUGCGGAAUAUUUCCUUAGGUUCCCAAACCAGCGGAUGGCGACGACGACACAGUAUUUCCUGUAAGUGAUCCCAAGCUUAUUCUCAGUCUCGACGUUCACUAACUUUCCAGUGGCUCUCAGCUGACUCUACUUAUUGGAAGCUUCCAGUUCACUUGCAGGCUUCCAGUCCGACCUCUUCCAUACACUUUGCAAUGGCUUCCAAAUCUCCUGCUGUUUUGCAGUGGCUCAAAGUCAUCCAAGCUCUUUCACUUGCCAAAAGCUAUGCGUGCUUCCAGCAGCUUUUCUAGCUUUCAGUAACUUCCAAUCUCUUCCAGCUACUGUCCAUCUUCCGAUGCCUCCGUGUCCAAUAGUUACGCUUCCAGCAACACUUGUGGCUCUCUCAAAGAUCAGCUGCUUUCCAGCCACUUACCCAUGGCUCUCAGUUUCCGAAGGUGCUGACGAAGAUGCUUCCAGUGUUUACAGAGCUUUCAGUUGCUUCCAGGCUCUGUGCUCCAGUCUUCUUUAGUUGUUAGCUGUUAGUUGUCUUAUGUAUGUGAAAUGUAGCUUCAAUUGAUCCCUAGCCAAGCUAACAACUUGGCUAGCAACUAUGGUUUCUCUCACUCUAUCAACUGUUGCAAGUGGGACAGACAUCGCUCCUAACAACGGACUGUGUUUUGCUAGAUGUUUUUCUUUUAUAUAGAACAAUACAUACCUAUAUAUACCUAUAUAUACCUAUAUAUACCUAUAUAUACUAUAUAUACAAAUUAGGCACUAGAGUUGACCUAACUACAUAGCUUUAGUGAAACGAAACGACAUUUUACGAACUAUAUAUACCAUAUACAGGAUGUAUUCCGAUAUAACUAUAUAUAUAUACUAUAUACAUAUGCCUUAGACUUAUAUAUCUAUAUAUUAUGUGUACAUAACAUCGACAGCGGCAUUUUUAACGCCACACAUCGAUGUGAACUAUUCAAGAAUAAAAUCGCA